ACAAGGCCUGUGUCAUGUCAUUUAAAUGACUUCUGAUGAACUGGUUGUUGUGGUCUGUGGCUGUUCAUCCUAUUGUCUUGUAUUCAUGGCUCUGUGAACCACACAAGGCGGAGCAUGAUUGAAAAAAUAUAAACAUCCUAUGGCGCUCUACAGUUCAGGAAGCCCUCUCACUCUCAGCCCCUAACAAAACCCUGUGAGUUGAUAGUUUUCCCACAGGUGAAAUGGGUUUUAAUGAUGAAUCUUGAGUUAAGAGAUUUAACCUGCAUCCCACAAUCAAGAAGAUGGCCCAGAUGGCCUUGUACCUGGUGGUCUGCUCCCAGAUCCCAUGCUCUUUCCUAAACAGAGCCAUGGAGGUUGGAAAUGGAUUAUGUUAUUUAAACUAGACAUUUUUCCCUCUCCCCCUAAACUGCCCUCCCAAGCAGAAGGAAACAGGGAGCUUACUGGUUUUAUGUAUUUGAAUUUCUGUUAGGCAUUAACCAGGUGUUUUGAUUAAAAUUUUAACUGUCAUAUUAAAAUUUUUAGGUUUUCUUUUGCGAGGAGGAGGAUAAGGAAUAUAAAUGAGUAAAUCUGUGCUUUUAAAAAAAUUAUUAUUUUAUAUUUAUUUAUUUAUUGGCUGCUUUGGGUCUUCGUUGCUGUGCACGGGCUUUCUCUAGUUGCGGCGAUCGGGGGCUACUCUUUGUUGUGGUGCAUGGGCUUCUCAUUGCAGUGGCUUCUCUUAUUGUGGAGCACGGUCUCUAGGUGUGCGGGCUUCAGUAGUUGUGGCUCGCGCACUCUAGAGUGCAGGCUCAGUAGUUGUGGCGCCCGGGCUCAGUUGCUCCGCGGCAUGUGGGAUCUUCCUGGGCCACGGCUCGAACUGGGGUCCCCUGCAUUGGCAGGCGGAUUCUUAACCACUGCACCACCAGGGAAGUCCCUAAAUCUGUGCUUUAUUCAUUAUGUUUUUUUCAAGAAACAUCACAAGACAAGACAUCACAAGCUUACCAAGAGCUAACAGUUCAGUUGGGCAUUUCAAGUUUACUUGGUGAAAUUGGGAAAAGUUUUCAAAUACAGUACCUAAGCCAAAAUACUCUUGGGGGUAUGGGAAUUCCAGGGAGCUUGGAAACACACUUACUGAGUGACCUUGUCAGACUGGCUAUGUGAAGAGGAAAAAUCUGUGAUUCCCCCAUUGUCUGACUUGAUUUCCUUUUUUCCUUUGCUUGAGCCAAUGAGAUGAUAUGCUGUGAGUCACCAGAGUCAGGAGUAUGAGCUACUCCAGAAAUGACAUUGCCAAGGAGAAGGACCAGAGUAGUGAGAGCAGCAAGAACCACACCCGGCAACGAUGUCAGUGGAACUGGAGACCUCAGAGGGGGUGGAUGAGCCAGAGAAAAAGAGCUCUGGGGCCCCAGAAAAAGAAAACCACACCAGGAUGGCGGACCUCUCCGAGCUCCUGAAGGAAGGGACCAAGGAAGCGCAUGACCGGGCAGAAAACACCCAGUUUGUCAAGGACUUCUUGAAAGGCAACAUCAGGAAGGAGCUGUUUAAGCUGGCCACCACUGCACUGUACUUCACAUACUCGGCACUUGAGGAAGAGAUGGACCGGAACAAGGACCACCCGGCCUUUGCCCCCUUGUACUUCCCCUCGGAGCUGCACCGGAAGGCGGCGCUGAUCAAGGACAUGGAGUAUUUCUAUGGUGAGGACUGGGAGGAGCAGGUGCAGUGCUCCGAGGCCACCCGAAAGUACGUGGAGCGGAUCCACUGCGUGGGGCAGAAUGAACCAGAGCUGCUGGUGGCCCACGCCUACACCCGCUACAUGGGGGACCUCUCAGGGGGCCAGGUGCUGAAGAAGGUGGCCCAGCGGGCCCUGAAACUCCCCAGCACAGGGGAAGGGACCCAGUUCUACCUGUUUGAGAAUGUGGACAAUGCACAGCAGUUCAAGCAGUUCUACCGGGCCAGGAUGAAUGCCCUGGACCUGAACCUGAAGACCAAAGAGAAGAUUGUGGAGGAGGCCAACAAGGCCUUCGAGUACAACAUGCAGAUAUUCAGUGAACUGGACCAGGCUGGCUCCUUGCUGGCCAAAGAGACCCUGGAGGACGGGCUCCCUGUGCACGAUGGGAAAGGAGAUGUGCGGAAAUGCCCCUACUACGCUGCUAAACAAGACAAAGGUGCCCUGGAGGGCAGCAGCUGCCCCUUCCGAACAGUCCUAGCUGUACUGAGCAAGCCCAGCCUCCAGUUCAUCCUGGCCGCCAGCGUGGCCCUGGCUGCUGGCCUCUUGGCCUGGUACUACAUGUGAAGGACCCACCACCCAUGCUGGCGCCCUCCUCCUGACCACUGGCCUGCCCUUACCUCCACCCACGACCAAACUACCACCUCAGGUGACUUUUUUUUAAUGCUGGGCUUGAGAAAACAAGCAACCAAUAAAAGCCAGAUGCUAAAGCCUUUGCCUGUCAGCAUCCCAUCUGUGGGCCAAAUGCUGACCUGGGUGCAGGCCCACCCUCCCUGCAGCCCCCAGGCCACGGCAGCAGGAGCCGCCAUUGCAGCUCAGCGGGCCAGCCUGGGCCUCUGGAACCAGCUCUGCUGCUGGGGCACCCACACCUCUGACCCCAAGGCUCUUUCCCUCUGCUCUUCCUCGUCAUGUUGGCAUUUAGGUGGGCAUCUUUCCCCUGUUGGGAGUGGAGUAGCUAGCAAGUUCAGGCUCCCAUAGCCCUGGGGUCAGGGGGGCUCCCUAGAUGUGGCUGCUCUUCUGCAGGACCUCUCCUGGGGGCAGGGGCCAGGAAGGGGGCAGAAGCCAGGCUUGCACCCUGCCUCAGAGGCCCUGGGAGCUCUGUCCUGGGUAGCCAGUCCUCAUGCCUCUCAAGCAGAAACCUGAGUGGGGUCUGUUUGCCCAUGGCCUGUCUUCUCUGACCUGUGGAAAUGCUACUGCACUCAAUAAAAUGGACUCUGACAGCUG